GCUGUAAUCAAUUGUUGUCGCUCGAGGCGAUUUGAUCCGAGCCCAGCUUGACAUUGACUCCUCUCCAUCGACCUCAGUACCACCACCGCCCACCUCUCUCACUGGUCGCUGCGUCCUACAACGUCGUGCACACAGUGGUCAGCCGCUGGCACGCCUUGCUGUAGCACCGCCACCGCCACACGUCUGCGUGCUAUCAUUGCCUCGCCCGCCAGACCGCCCGCACAUCACCUGCCCAUUGAGCCGCCUUGAAGCUGCCCCUUUGCGGUAUCAGACGGCUGCCCUGGUCACAGCAGAGCAUACAAGAUCACUUCGCCUCUCUCUACGGAACCUUGACUUCCGCACCAUGGCACCUGCGCAAGAUUUCCAAAUCCCAGCAGACGGGGCCGAUAAGGGCAAGGCUGCUGCUCACGAGACAUCAUCUCCCGACUCAGUCCCGUCACCAAACUCGGUCCUCUUCCCUUCACACUCAGGAGAAGGCGAAGGACUCAAUGCCGAAGGCAGCAAGGACAAAGGCAAAGGUCGACAACUCGAUAGCCUCAUCCAAGGUUCAGAGGAGCUGCGCACAUCUCGAGUCGACAAUGCUGUAGCUCCCGACUUUCCCUUCGAUCUGCAUAGUCCCUUCUCUUCCCCAUCUCGACUCCGCCAGAGCAGCAUCAUCAGCGCCGAGAGCCAGCAAUGCACGCCCGGCUCUCCUGUCACAUUUCGCAGCGGCAUCGAUAUUCAAACAACCGGCCCGCCACGACAUGCCAAGAGAGACUCUUUCGCAGUAGCAAGUGGUCGCAAGGCAUCCAUUGCGCAGUCUGGACACUCGCGACGCGGAUCUUCUCUCGGCACACCGUACGACUUCUUUGGAUCAACUUCGCUGGCCAGUACAGCACCUACGAGUAUCGAGUCAUCGUCUCCGCAGCAGGAAAAGCUUACGCACCCGCCAUCAAGCCCGUUGGUCUGGAGAGCAACGCAGACAAGCGGAGAAGCGUGUCGUCCACCUCAAGCAUCAGCUGCAUUGUCAGCCAGCGUCAGCAGCAGCCAUAUGGUACACCGGCAGCGCAGCACCAGCACACAGUCCGACACAGCUACCCGAUCAGCACCUCUCUCCGAUCAAGAGCUCACAAGGACUCGGAGUCACGAUCGAGCAUCACCGCCUCGUCGCGAAUGGAGUCGAGAUCCUGUCGACCGCCUCCCAGACUACGCUUCGAGGGAUGAUCUGCCUCUCUACAGCGAAGUCUCGCAAGCGCCUAAGCGCGAGCGCUUCAGGCAAGUCGUAGCAACUCGCGCCGUCAACAGUCGACUCGUACCGAGCAGGGUCGCUGCACGCCUAUCGCUCUUCGCCAAUGAGUCCUCGACGACAGAAGGCACUCCUCGCCCGACGGCGCCCGCCAAUGAUCAGCGCCGCAUCAUGAAUCGAUCCGACUCAGCUCCUGAAGUCUUUGGCCGUAACACGCCAACGACAGUGCGCUCGACUGUGGCAAGACAGCGUCGUGUGCAGCCUUGGACCGCAUCGCAAUACAUCUCUGGUGCACGCAUGGGCCCAGCGCCGGCCGGCUCUCGCCCGUCAACUGCUCGCUCUGCAGCGCGUCCUUCCACUGCUCGGUCCACAACGGCGCCCUCGGUCGGGGACGGUCAAACUACCUUCCUGUCGACUCUGAGAGACCGUGCUAGCGCCAUCCGCAGCCAUUCUCGCAGUGCUAGCUCUUCACUCGCUUCCUCACGUCGUAACAGCGCAUUCGGCGCGCACGCUGGUUGGCAGCCAAACUCGCGCCGACCCACUCACGGCCUCGGCAUCUCAUCGCCUUCAACGCCGCAGAACCGCAGUGGUGAUGUGACGCCAAGCCGCCUUUCGCGCCACGCCAAAUCGCUGUUUCAUCGAGGCGACUCGAGCUUUCGAGCAAAUCUAUCUGAGGCUCUUGCUCGAGUCAGGAGAGAUACGAGUUACGGAGCCCAUUCGCCCGAUGUCGUAGACUCUUCGUCAGCAGCGGGGAGAUCUUCUCCCACCUUUUUCAGCACUCAGGACACUGCCUGUAGCGAGCCUAUUGCUGUGACUCGCCAGACGCUGCGCGAACCUGCCCUGCUGCGGGCUGCUCUUCGAAGUCCAUCUCCUUCGCCGGCUGUCAUGGCGGCAUCGUCUUCUGCCUUCUCUGGAGGCGCCAGCAUCGUCGAUUCAUUCAAUAACCUUCUGCCGCGCGAGAUCCGCAUCCAAAUCUGCAAGCGUCUCAUCGAGUCCUUCGUCGACGACCACGCCGAGUUGUUGGACGAGGGUAAAUACCGCGGUAGCGUCUCGCGCUCCUCUGAACACAUCGGAUUUGAACGCGGCUUGCAAGAACUCAUCAGGCUCGCGCGCGUCAAUAAAGCCUUUCUUUCCCUCGUCACGGACGGCCAGCUCUGGCAGCGCCUCGACCAUGCAGCGCUCCCAGCCUUUGGUACCGGCGGCGUGCUGAAGAUGGUCAAAGCGACUGGGCCCUUCGUGCAGUCUCUCGAUCUGUCUGGCUUCCCGAAUUUGUCCUCAUCCGUGCUCGUACACCUUUCCCGACACCUAUCGGCGAGCGCCGCCGGAAUCAACUCGCUCAAGCACCUGCGGCUUUCGGGCCUUCGUCGACUGUCUGACAAGGCCAUUCAUCACUUGAUCAGGCGCUCUCCGCACCUCGUCUCGCUCGACUUGUCUAACCUCUCUUGCGUCUCGCGCGAGACGAUGGAGCUUUCUGCGCGAUGUUGCAAGGGUCUCAAGGAGCUCGACGUCUCGCGAUGCUCAGGUCUGGACGCUGCCGGCAUCACCGCAUGGCUGACAGGUCCCUCGACGUGGUCCACCUCGGGCUUCCGCGUGCUCAAGGCUGCUAAGCUGCGCGAUGUCGAUGAAGGUACUAUGCAGGCCAUAGGCAAGCAUCUUCCGGAUCUUGAGACGCUCGACCUCAGCUACAGCACCGGCCUCACAGACCAAUGCAUCGCCGCGUUGGUCGAGCAUGCCGGUCCGUCGGAGCCAUCACCCUCUGACGGCGAGAUCCGGCUCUACGUCGAGCUCACCGCUCGUCAAGCCGGCAUUCGAGUCACAGAGUGGACCCCCGAUGGCUUCUAUCGCGCCGUCUUUCCAAAUCUGAAGCAUCUCAAUCUGUCCUACACCGGCAUAACAGACCGCACUUGCUCAUCCCUCGCCUUUGGCGCACUUCCGUCCCUCGAGACGCUCCAGCUCGCAGGCAACCAAAACAUCAAGGACGAUGGACUCAUCUCUCUCAUCGAUUGUUCCCCUCGUCUUCGCAAGCUAGACCUUGAGGGGCUCGUCCUCGUCACGAAUGAUACGGCGCUGGCGCUGAUCCCUGGCGACAACUUGAGCCUACCGGGCGCGGAGCUCACUCACCUAAUUUUAUCGCAACAGACUGUUGUCGACUCGCCAACUUUGCUCGCUUUGGUGAAGGGAUGUCCAAAGCUUUACCACCUCGAGCUCGACGACACUCGCGCGAACGACGCGAUUGCAUUUCAAUGCUUCUCACUCAUUCGUCAGCGGGCAGCUGCAGCCCGAUCUCAGAGUGUCAACGGCAUCAGAUACAAGUCGGACGCUCCCCAAGCCUACCUAUCCGUCAUCGACUGCCGUCGCCUCACCCGCCAAGCAUGCAACGCCAUGCUGGCUUCAGGUCGCAUCCGUCCCCGCGUUGGGCAUCGCUCUCCCUCCUUCAAUCAGUUCGAGUACGGCGAUCCCGAUCUGGCCUCACCUCCGCUCACGACGAGUCUGGGAUUGAGCGAGCAGACCCGCAAUAUGCUGGCGGACGAGUGCAACCCCGAGCGGGUGUGCGUGAAGAGCUUUUGGUACUGGCAAGCCUUGGACAGGAAAGAGAGGGAGGCAAAAAAGACGAGGGCCAAGAAAGUGAAGGUGGCAAGCGCAAAUGGUGGCAGCGCAAACAGAAUGGCGGCCAGCGCGUUGUCCACCUUGGGCUUGACGAGGCGAGGCGGCAGCUCGAAUGAUAGUUCUCCCAGCCGAGUCGCAGCCCCAUCCUCCAGGACCAUCGCCUCACAUGCUACUGACUCAAGUACGACGGCUGCAGAGUCUGUCGCUACCACAUCGAAUGGCGCCGCUAACACUUCCUCAGCAAUAAUCAGCGCAGCUCCAUCGAGCAGCCAGUCCUCACGAUGGACGCGUCUCGCCCAUUCCCUUUUCGUCCUGUCCGACCUCGAGGAUGACGAAGGCGGUGUAGGGCGUCGUACCUCCAUACUACCGCACGUGGUCAACGACGACGACGAUGAUGUAGGUGGCCGCAAUGUAUGCGUCGUCAUGUAGGCUGGCGCGCACGCAAAGGAUGCCAUACGGCCCUCAAGGCUACACGCGACCCCAUUUACGAACACUCUGCGGCGACAAUGACCCUGAAUCUUCCCAUCGGACACCUGAAGCCUCCUUUCAUAUCUUCUCAUUCACAUAUCUGUAGCAACUCUCUCUCCCGCUCGACUCUAUCAGUCCUCUACUUCAAGCUUCUCUACUUCACCGCUCUCCUCCACUGUAGUCCUUUCUCACGUGUCCUCGCUCCGCUGCCACACGCUCCGUCCAAGUCUUCGAUUCUCGUCUGUCUCGUCUGUCUCCUCUCGCCUUACUAUGAAAUCCAUACACUCUGCUCUCCAUAUUGGAAAAGAGAAUCACACCCAGUACAUGCCUGGCAUCGAGCGGCUCA